AUGAGCAACACCAAGGGCGUCGCCGAGAACAUGCUUUGGGGAGGUCGUUUCACCCAGGGCCUCGACCCCGUCAUGGAGCAGUACAAUGCCUCGCUCCCCUACGACCGCAUUAUGUGGAAGCAAGAUAUCGCUGGCUCAAUCGCCUUCGCCCGCGCCAACACCAAGACCGGCAUCCUCACGCUGCACGAGUUCGCCGAGAUUGAGCGCGGUUUCGCGCAGAUCGCCGAGGAAUGGCGCACCGAUACCUUCGAGGCCAAGCCCAAUGACGAGGACAUCCACACUGCCAACGAGCGCCGUCUCAGUGAGAUUAUCGGCAAGGAGAUUGGCGGCAAACUGCACACCGGCCGCUCGCGCAACGAGCAGGUCGCUACCGACAUGCGCUUGUGGCUGCGCGACGAGCUCCGCCAACUGGACGGUCUCCUCUGCGAUCUGAUCAAGGUUUCAAUCGCCCGUGCUGAGCAGGAGAUUGACUACAUCAUGCCUGGCUACACUCACCUCCAGAAGGCUCAGCCUGUCCGCUGGUCCCACUGGAUGCUCUCCCACGCUACUGCGUUCGCUAGCGAGCUGCAGCGUCUCCGUGAGGUGAUCCGCCGCGUCAACCGUAGCCCUCUCGGCUGUGGUGCUCUGGCUGGUAACCCCUUCCAAAUUGACCGUCACGCUAUGGCCAAGGAGCUGGGCUUCGAUGAUCUGUUGUACAACUCAAUGAACACUGUGGGUGACCGUGACUUUGCUAUGGAGACCAUGCAGUGGGGUAGCUCGUUCAUGCUCAAGAUUUCCCGCUGGGCGGAGGACUUGAUUAUUUACAGCAGUGGAGAGUUUGGCUACGUCCGGUUGUCGGAUGCCUACUCGACUGGUUCAUCGUUGAUGCCGCAGAAGAAGAACGCCGACUCUCUGGAACUGCUCCGCGGCAAGUCCGGUCGCGCUUUCGGCCAAAUGGCCGGCCUGAUGAUGACCAUCAAGGGCCUGCCCACCACCUACAACAAGGAUCUGCAGGAGAGCAUCGAGCCCCUGCUCGACCACAUCAAGACCGUCAGCGACAGCAUCCAGAUCGCCACCGGUGUUCUGUCCACUCUGACCGCCAUCCCCGAGAAGAUGAUCGCUGCUUUGGCCCCCGAGAUGCUGGCCACCGAGAUCGCCGACUACCUCGUCCGCAAGGGCGUUCCUUUCCGCGAGGGUCACCACAUCUCCGGCCGCGUGGUCGCCCUGGCCGAGCAGAAGAAGGUGCCCAUGGAUACCCUCUCUCUAGAGCAGCUGAAGGGUGUUGACGCCCGUUUCGACGAGGACGUGCAGUCCUGCCUGGAUUAUGAGCGUGCCGUUGAGCUCAAGGAUGCCAUCGGUGGAACCAGCAAGCGCGCCGUUCUGGAGCAGACCGCCGUGCUCAAGAAGCUGCUGUAG